AUGGAUAAAGAAAAAAUAAAAAAUAAAUUAAAAGGUGGAGCUGAAAAGUUACGAAUGAAACGGCAUGCUGAACUAAAAGCUGCAGGGAGUGAUCCCAAACAAACAAAAAUAUCAUUUCUUAGACCUCCCCAAAAAGUUAAUGAAAGCAUGAUUUCAUCUUCAGAUUGCAAUGAAAAAUCACAAAUUAUUGAGUUAAAAUCUCAAAAUGCACAGAUUCCUCAAAUUCAAGAAUCUCUUUUACCCACGGAAUCAAAACUAGAUAAUUUAUCAAUAUCAAUUUUACAGGAAUGUCAUCAGGAAACAGAAAGUAGAAAAUUGGUAGAUGAUGAAAUGGAAUCUGUAUCCACUGGUAACUUGCCACUACUUGAUAACUCAUCGAUUACUGACACAGAUAAUAAGGAAUCAAAACUAGAUAAUUUAUCAAAAUCAAUUUUACAGGAAUGUCAUCAGGAAACAGAAAGUAGAAAAUUGGUAGAUGAUGAAAUGGAAUCUGUAUCCACUGGUAACUUGCCACUACUUGAUAACUCAUCGAUUACUGACACAGAUAAUAAGGAAUCAAUUCUAGAUAAUUUAUCAAAAUCAAUUUUACAGGAAUGUCAUCAGGAAACAGAAAGUAGAAAAUUGGUAGAUGAUGAAAUAGAAUCUGUAUCCACUUUUAACUUGCCACUACUUGAUAACUCAACGAUUACUGACACAGAUAAUGAAAUAGUUGUUUCAACAGAAAUAAUUGAUAUUAAUAUUUUUAAGAAACCUGAAGGUAAAAACCUACACACAUUUUUUAAAUCUCAUCCUAUACAACCGUUUGAAAAUAUUUUAUUCAACCCAAAUAAAGUAUACUACCGUGUACACAACAAUGUUGCAUUUAAGAGAGAGUGGUUAAGUUACUGUAAAGAAAAUAAUACAUUGUUUUGUUCUUUCUGUUUGGCUUUUGGAAAAGAAGACAACCGCUUCACAGUAGGAUGUUCCGCACUUUCAAGUACUAACCCAUAUACUCGAAUUAAAGAACAUGAAAAAUCCGUUAGCCAUGAAAAUAGUAGUGAAGCAUUUUUACUUUUUAUAAACUCCAAUGAUAUCCGAUCAAGACUUGAUACUGUCAGACGAUUUGAAAAUGAAAGAAGAAGAUCAGUUUUGCAAAGACUUAUUGAUACAAUCAAAUUAAUUGGAAAACGUGGACUCAGUUACAGGGGCGCAAAAAAUGCAGAAGCUGCUUAUACUUUAAAUGAUUUAUCACUAGACCAUGGAAAUUUCUUAGAAAUUAUAUUAUUAUUAGCAAAAUAUGACCCAUUGUUAAAAGAACAUGUAGACAAGGCAGUUACGCAAAGUCAGAAGUUGUAUGAAUCCAGAAAAGAAGCUGUACAUGCUGGACGUCCUGGUAAAUUUGUUACCUUUUUAUCAAAAACUACUGCAGAUUAUGUUAUAGAUGCAAUUAGUGUUUUAUUAAAGAAAAACCUUUCAGAAAUUAUUAAGAAAUCUGAAUUUUUUAGUGUUCAAAUUGAUUCAACACAGGAUAUAAACGUUCAUGACCAAUUAGCUAUUGUUGUUAGAUUUGUUACAGAUGACGUACAAGAACGUUUAAUAGCAUUAGUGAACUGUAAAUGUGGUACUGGUAAAAAUCUAUGUGAUCUAUUAUGUAAAGUAUUGGAAGAUAUGAACUUGGAUGUUACAAAAUGUGUUGGAAGUUCGACUGAUGGUGCGAGUAACAUGCGUGGACAGUAUAAUGGUUUUUCAGCAUGGCUAAAUAAAGUAAGUCCAGACCAAAUCCAUGUAUGGUGCUAUGCUCAUGUGCUCAAUCUGGUAAUGAUUGAUACAUCUAACGUUACUUGUGAAAGUACUUCUUUAUUCGGUUUAUUAAACUCUAUUGCAGUGUUUGUUAGAGAAUCGUACCUUCGAAUGAAUAAGUGGGAGGAGAAUAGUAAAUAUAAGUUUAUUUCAAAUAUUGGUGAUACACGUUGGUGGUCUAAAGAUAGGUGUUUGACAAAAGUUUUUGGAUUAUAUUCAUUUCCUAAAGAGGCUUUAUUUGUAGAUAUUAUACAGGUUCUUAAUGACAUUUAUUUGAGUGAUAAAUUUAAUCAAGAGAUAAGAUUUAAAGCUCAAAUGUAUAGAGAUUCACUUCUUAAGUAUGAAACUGUAUUAACUGCAAAUAUUUAUCUUCAAAUAUUUUCAUCUACAACACCAGUUUCGUUAUACCUCCAGAGUAAAGGUAUGAAUGUUAUUCAAGCUUAUAAUAUGAUUAAAUGUACUUUAAAUACUCUUAAUUCCCAGUCACGAAAAUUUGAUACUAUACUUGAAGUAACAAAUAAAUUUAUCACAUGGGCCAAUUCAAAACUAGAAGAUUUAGACUUGGAAGUUGCAACUACAUUUCCAGUUAAAAGAAUUCUGAAAAAGAAAAAGAUGUCCGGAGAAAAUGCAAAUGACCAACCUCAAACAGAUCCAAAAUUAAAAUAUCAAAUAAAUGUUUACAAUGUGAUUUAUGAUCAAAUAAUUAGCAGUUUGGAAAAACGAUUUAAUACUCAUGGCAAAUUAUAUGAAGAUAUAUCCUACUUAAAUCCACAAUACUUCAGUAAUACUAAUUUACCCACUACAGCAUUUGAAUUUUUAAGUAAAAAAAUUCAGAAAUUCAAACCUGAAAUAACAGCUGGCAGUAUUCAAACUGAACUUAAAGAUUUUAUUUUAAAAUGGCCAAGACUGAAAAAAAUUGCUUCUGGUUCAAAUUUAAUGGAAGAACUGAGUGAUGAAGAAAAUGAAAUUUUAAUUGAAAGUGAUGAAAAUACUAUAUGUACAGAAAAAGGUAAAGGAAAUGCUUGUCAAAAUUGUAUUAGGUGUGUAUAUGCUGUAUUACACAAAUACAACUUACAUUCUUCAGCUUAUUCUCAUCUUUAUAUAGUUUAUAAAUUUAUAUUGACACUUUCUUGUACACAAGUUAGGUGCGAAACUACUUUUUCAAAACUUAAAUAUAUUCUUAACCGCUUAAGAAAUUGUCUUUCUCAACCAAAAUUAGAGACAUUUCUUUUAAUGUCUGUUGAAAAAGACUUACUUCAAAGUAUUAAUAAUGAAGAUGUUAUUGACUUAAUAUCUAAUAAAAGCCAGGAUUUAAUGAAAUUGUUGAAAUUGUAA